AUGCUCGUAGUAUAUCCUCCAAAGUCUAGAAAAACAUUUUUGUACAAAGCCUUACUUGUCGAGGUUCGUUCCCAUGGUCAUAUUGCACUUGCGACAACUUCAUCCGGUGUUGCAGCUAAUAAUAUGCUCGGGGGGAGAACAUCUCACUCACGGUUUAAGAUUCUGAUAAAUCUUGAUAAUAACUCAAUGUGCAUAAUCAAUCAGCAAAGUGGGGUUGCUCAACUACUUCAUUUGGACAAAAUAAUCAUAUGGGAUGAAGCAUCAAUGGCGAAUAGGCAAGCAGUAGAGGCGGUUGAUCGAACGAUGCAAGACAUUACAAAGGUGAGCCUCCCUUUUGGUGGAAAGAUAAUGAUCUUGGGAGGUGAUUUUAGGCAGGUGUUACUAGUAAUCAGACGUGGUACUAGAACACAGAUUGUAGACGCCAUCUUGAGGAUGUCACCUCUUUGGUCUUUGAUUAAAAAAAUACGUUUAACUAUAAAUAUGAGAGCACUGGCCGAUCCAUGGUUUUCAGAUUUUUUAAUACGAGUUGGCAACGGAGAUGAAGAAACCAUCGAUGAAAGUUUUGUCCAAAUACCUGAUGAUAUGUGCAAUCCUUACACCUACAAAGACAUAUCAAAAAACAAGUUGAUUAAUGCAAUCUUUCCUUCUUUGCACAUCAAUGGAGGCUCUUCAAAGUAUAUUAUUUCCAGGGCAAUACUAUCAACAAAAAAUGAAAAUGUUGAUGAAAUGAAUGAUCAAAUGAUUGAUAGGUUUUGUGGAGAAGAGAGGAUUUACUAUAGUUUUGAUGAGGCAGAAGAUGAUAAGAACAAUUUCUAUCUGAUGGAAUUCUUAAACUCUAUAAAUAUCAGUGGUUUGCCUCCUCAUUAA